UCUGUAUUUGUGUGUGUGUGUCUGUGUGUGUGUGUGUGUGAGUGCGUGUGUGUUUGCGAGCGAGCGAGCGAUCGAGCGCGCGCGUGUGUUUCAGCAGCUAGGAAUCCCUGAGAGAGUGGAGGCUCAUUCACUGAUUAGAGGCUGCUUCGAGCGGCAGCGCUGCGCCUUCCCUGGCUCUCGGCAGCCGUGUCAGGCUCUCGCUCACUCCCAUGCUGGCCGAAAGCGCUUACACACACACGCGCCGGGCUUAGUAAGUCCAGCUUCCCUCCCCACGCACCUCUCAGAAUCUUGCCUUCCCCAGCCUGAAAUCAAAAGGGGACGCCGCCUUCUGAGAAAUUUGCACGUUUUGGGAUGGUGAUAAGGAUUUGGUGAGAUCUCUCAGCUCUACAUCCAGACAUUGCUUUGUUUUCCAUCCAGGGAACACCAUUUCCCUCGUGGCCCUGUCAAGAAAAGAGACUCCAAUGGACUUACACCGAGCAGCUUUUAAGAUGGAAAACUCCUCCUACCUUCCCAAUCCUUUGGCAUCUCCAGCCCUGAUGGUCCUGGCUUCCACUGCUGAAGCCAGCCGUGAUGCUUCUAUCCCCUGCCAACAGCCAAGGCCCUUUGGGGUCCCUGUGUCAGUGGACAAGGAUGUGCACAUCCCGUUCACCAAUGGCUCCUAUACUUUUGCCUCUAUGUAUCACCGACAAGGUGGGGUGCCUGGAGCAUUCACCAACCGUGAUUUUCCACCUUCGUUGCUGCAUCUCCAUCCUCAGUUUGCACCCCCUAAUCUGGACUGUACUCCAAUCAGCAUGCUUAACCACAGUGGUGUUGGGGCCUUCCGUCCCUUUGCCUCCACUGAGGACCGGGAAAGUUAUCAGUCAGCUUUUACACCUGCUAAGCGCCUGAAGAACUGUCAUGAUACCGACUCUCCCCAUCUUCGCUUCUCAGAUGCUGAUGGCAAGGAGUAUGAAUUUGGAGCCCAGCUCCCAUCUGGCUCCCCUGGCUCCCUCAAAAUUGAUGACACUGGAAAAAAGAUUUUUGCUGUCUCUGGCCUCAUUUCAGACCGUGAGACUUCAUCCAGUCCUGAGGACCGAAAUGAUAGAUAUAGAAGCGACAGCCAAGGAGGGCCACCAGUGUCUGCGGGGGCCAGCCAGCGCAUGGCGUUAACUUUCCCCCUCUUAAGAGAUGUGAUUGGCAGUUUGAUUUGGAGUCUGGCUAAUGUUAGCCACUUCAUACAAGGCCAUCACCAAUUGGUGUGCUAUACUUUUAGAUGUGAUGUUGAUGGCAUAAGCCAAGUAGGCAAACCAUCACCUUUCAAAGUACUCAUAACCACUCGAAAAAUAACUUAA